AUGCCUUACUUCGGCCCCGAUAUAUCAGAUAGCGAAGACGACGACGAUUAUUUCGUCUACUCCGACACACCUAAGGUACAACAUCAACAACAAACCAAAGAGCUAACGCCUCAAGAAAAAUUAAACCAGCGAAAAAACCAACUGUACUACGCCAUUUGUUCUGGUAAAGUAAAAGAAGUAAAAGAACAUUUAACAGACGAUAUCCCAAUCGACGUAGACCUACAAGGAAAUUGGACUCCAUUACUCUUAUCAGCAUCAAUUGGAAACCCUGAAAUCACCGAAGAACUACUAAACAGAGGAGCGGAUCCAAAUUCGAGCAAAGAUGGCUGUACGGCCUUAAUGAUGGCAGCCAAUUGCCCUAAAGAAACUUCGCCCUACGAACAUUCCCUUCAAGUGGCCAGAUAUCUUGUAGAACACGGAGCAAAAGUAAAAACCAUCGAUAGAAAAAGAAUAACACCGCUUAUGUUCGCCUCAAACGCAGGAAAUCUAUUACUAGUAAAAUACCUACUACCUAUAAGCGACAAGCAAGCGCAAGAUAAUCAGAAAUGGACCGCUUUAUUUUGGGCGGUCAGUAACAAUCAAGUCGAUGUAGUCGAGUAUCUGAUCGAAGAAAACCUUAGCUGUAACACCACAGACGUAAGAGGCAACACGCCGUUAGACAUAGCAAAAACCAACGGUUUCAAAGAAAUCGAAGAGCUACUUUCGUAUGAUGAUAUAGAAGAGUUUUAUAACGUACCGGAACCUUGUUUUGAUGAAGUUCUCGAUCAAACAAAUAAUAACGGAGAACCCAUUUUCUUCCAAGAUAUAUGCGAGAUGCUAUGCGGCAUGAAGAGCCAGCAAACUAUCAAGUUAUUAAAAGAUAGCGACAUAUGUUUGAAAGAUUUCCUGUCGAUUUCUGACGAGGAAUUGGAAGAAUUAGGCAUCGAAAUGCCCUAUCGAAGAUACAGAAUUUUAGCCGGUUUGCACAAAUUCCACAAGCGACCAUUCCAUCCUAAAUCCCUGCAUUUGGUGCCUUUAGAUGAAGUGUACAGUAACCUGGACGUCUCUAUUCAAAUCCUUUCUGCGAUUAAACAAUUCAUCGCGAUGGAAGCAUCGCUGAAGUUUAUGAUGAAACACUGCGAUAUGAGCGAUAUUUCUAAGGAAGAUUUAUCGAAAAUGAGAAGUAGUAUUGAAUCAGUGAGAAACAGAAUUAGAUCUUGCAAAAAUAUUGCAAAUGGGGUGAAGAAACGAGUUAAAAUGUGGGAUAAAGAAAUCCAACCGGUCGAUUUAAUAACGAAGAAAUCCAUCAGAUACAAAUGGCCAUGGAGGAAAUUAAUGUUUUCCAUAACAAUCAUUUCGAUUGUAGUCGUAAUUAAGCUAAAAUAA